CUGCAGGACCGAUGAGAACUUCGCUAAGAGGGCUUGUAAAUUCCUGGCUGAGGUCAUUGUUUAUGAGCCCUUACAGAGGUUUGGCUGAUGUCCUCAACUUUUUUUUUUCCUUUGCUCCCCCUGUCUUUAAAGCCUCGUCGCCUCAGCAGAUUUCACCUCUCGGCCAAACCCACUGGACGCACUGCUGGCGUAGAGUGAAAGGCGCUCAUCUUUACGCAUUGCAAAGGUCCCAGGAGUUAUCUAACCUCCACCAUGACUGAUCGCUUUGACUGCUACUACUGCCGUGACAAUCUGCAUGGCAAGAAGUAUGUGAAGAAGGAUGACAAGCACGUGUGCACCAAGUGCUUUGAUAAGCUCUGCGCCAAUACGUGCGCAGAGUGCAGACGCCCCAUUGGUGCUGACUCCAAGGAGCUGCACCACAAGAACCGCUACUGGCAUGAGGACUGUUUCCGCUGUGCCAAGUGCUACAAGUCACUGGCCAGUGAGGCAUUCAGCGCUCGGGAUGAUGGGAAGAUAAUGUGUGGCAAGUGUAGCUCCCGAGAGGAUGGCAAUCGCUGCCAGGGCUGCUACAAGGUGGUCAUGCCAGGAUCUCAGAACGUGGAGUACAAGAACAAGGUGUGGCAUGAGGAAUGCUUCACCUGCAUUGAGUGCAAGCAGCCAAUCCGGACACAGAGUUUCCUGGCCAAGGGUGAGGACAUCUACUGUUCUCCCUGCCACGAAAAGAAGUUUGCCAAGAAAUGCUUCCACUGCAAGCAGCCCAUCACCUCUGGAGGGAUCAGCUACCAGGACCAGCCAUGGCACUCCGAGUGUUUCGUGUGCAAAACCUGCCAUAAAUCUCUGGCAGGAACUCGCUUCACUUCUCACGAGGACAACAUUUACUGCGUGGACUGCUACAAGACUGACGUGGCCAAGAAGUGCCAUGGCUGCAAGAACCCAAUAACAGGGUUUGGCCACGGCACCAAUGUGGUCAACUAUGAGGGAUUGUCCUGGCACGAGUACUGCUUCAAUUGCAAGAAGUGCUCCCUCUCCUUGGCCAACAAGCGCUUUGUCAUCAAUGGAGAGCACAUUUAUUGCCCCGACUGUGCUAAGAAGCUGUAAAAUGUGCAAACUGUUGUGCAUCUGAGAAUUUAAUGAUGUGGAGUUAACACCUAAACUGACUUUUUGACAAAAAAAUAAAUAAAAAUAGCAUAAAACUGUCA